AUGGAGGUUCCAGAAAAAGUAGAACAACAGGACCCCGAGGAACUUGUGCCAAGAAGAGGAGCGGUGUCUGUUGUUUGGAGGUAUUUCGGUUUCAAAAAAUCCGACUUGGACCAAACAACCAUUUUAUGCAAGAUUUGCCUUUCUAAAGUGGUCGCAGGAGGUGGCAACACGAGCAAUUUGCUCCACCACUUGAGCCGAAAGCACGUCUCGGAAUAUGAAGAAUGCUUGAAGUUAAGGUCGGCGCCCUCCACGUCGGUAGCGGCGAGCCCCAAAUCCCCCCAAGACUCCUUCGCUAGGUUGAACGCCUACGACAGAAAAAGCAAACGCUGGCUCGACAUCACAAACGCUAUUACCCACCACUUUGCGAAAGACAUGCUUCCGCUUGAUACGGUGGAAAAAGAAGGUUUCAAACAUUUGAUGAAGACGCUGGAUGCUAGGUACGAAGUACCGAGCAGAAAGUACUUCAGCCAAGUCGCACUCCCCAACCUGUACCAGAAGCACCGAGCUAAGCUGGAGAGCGACCUGGCGAGCGUUCGCCUCUUCGCAGCAACGACCGAUGCUUGGUUCAGUCGCACUACCGAGCCUUACUUCAGCGUUGCAGUUCACUUUAUAACUGAUGACUGGGUAUUACAAAGCCAUUGUCUGCAAACCAGUUAUUUCCCGGACGACCAUACGGAAGAGAUACUUGCAGCGGGACUGCAGGAGGCGCUUGAUUCCUGGGGGCUGUCAGACAAGAAGCUCAUGGCCAUCACCACAGAUAAUGGAGACAAUAUUAAGAAAGCUGUGCAAUUGAAUGGCUGGUUGGGACUCCAGUGCUUUGGUCACAGACUUCAACUAGCUAUAGAGAGAGGUUUAAAAGACGACAGCAUACAAUGUGCCAUCGGCGUGUGCAAAAAAAUAGUGUCAGCCUUCUCAUGCUCAAGUAAAAAAAAGAGGGACCUGGCCAUUGUUCAGAACUAUCUGGGGCUUCCUAACCACGGUCUGACAACAGAGACGCCUACCAGGUGGGGCUCACGCCAGAUGAUGAUGCAAAGAGUGCUCGAGCAAGAGAGGGCCAUUAGUCACGUUCUGAAAGACGACAAGAAAUCAAGGCACUUGGUCCCGGGAUGGCAAGACGUGGACAUUCUCGAGGCCGUCAACAAGGUGUUGAGCCCGCUUCAGGACUUCACGGACGCUUUAUCGGGAGAGCAGUACGUCAGCGUCUCCUACCUCAAGCCGGUGCUCAAUCUCUUCAACACAUCAAUUCUUGCCGAGGACGAGAGCGACACACAGCUGACAAAAGACGUGAAGAGAAACAUCCUUGCCGAUUUGAACGAUAGUUAUUCGGACCCGGUCACGGAUGAACUGCUUGACCUGGCAUCUCUUCUGGAUCCACGCUUUAGAACCAAGUAUACAGAUGAAGAAAAGGUGGAGCGGGUUCUGUCGAGAGCGGUCGAAGAGAUGGUGUCACUAAUGAAGACCGAACAGGACACUUUCCCAGGCGCGGUUGGUGCCGAAGCAGAACAAGAACCCGAUCCACCUCCGAAAGUGAAAAGAAAAAAGACAUUGGCCAGCUUUUUCAAAAAACAGAGCAGCACAAUGUCAGAAGAGGAAAGCGCCAGGAAGGAGCUGACUGUCUACCUACAAACCACCGAGGUGGAGAGUGACGCCGACCCUUUGGACUGGUGGAGAUGCCAUCAGACAAAUUUCCCUCGCGUUGCCAAGCUGGCGCGGCAGUACUUAUGCAUCCCCGCCACCAGCGCUCCGUCAGAGCGAGUGUUCAGCACCGACGGCAAUGUCGUCCCUUGUCAAAGGGCCGCACUCAAACCAGAUGCUGUGGAUCGCCUGGUUUUCCUGGCUCAAAAUUUGUAA